UUAUUUUCAUUGAAGCGAGGAAGUACUGUCCAGAAGCUUGUCACUCAUUUGUUGCAACAUAAGAGUAAUGGACAAACAAGUUCUGACAAAUGGCUAAAGAAAAGGGAAAGUGCAGAUUUGCAGCUAUAAAGAACAGAGGAGUCUGGGUAGACUGAGACAUGUCUCCUGCUGAGAGGCUGAAGGUGCUCCUCUUCUUGGCUUUGUUCUUCGGAGCAGUAGGCUUUCUGUUCACGCUGCUCUCCUGUGGGACGGAGUACUGGCUGUUAGCCGCAGAGUCCUGCAGCCGGCGGCCAGAGAAACGCUAUGGAGGAAGCUUCUUCUCGAGAGAAGGGAAGAGCAGCGGGAAGGCUCUAGAAGAUGUGAGGAUCUUCCAUGAGGGUCUGUUUUGGCGGUGCUCUGUCAUGGACGCUUCAAAUGAAUACUCAAUAUGGGACCUUUGGAUCUCAAAUGAGCCGCCAUCCAAAGUCUGCCAGCCCGCCUUCCUCUUCCCGUUUCCUGUUAAUGAGCCAAUGCGAUCAUGGGUGGAGCCCAGCGGUUUCCACACAGAACCGUAUGAACACCACUCUGCCAUUGUUUUUAGGACCUUCUGGAGCAUCUUCCUCAUCACAGGCUUGACAUCCGUCGUCAUUGGUGGAUUUGUUGUGAUUUGUGCUAGCCCACUGGCCAAUCACAAACUAUAUAAAGUGGGUGGGGCCCUUCAGCUGUGUGGAGGUCUGUGCCUGCUGGCAGUGGUGGUGAUGUAUGUGAUGUGGGUCCACGUCCUGGACACUCUGGAGCAGUUUGCCCACCAUCAGAGAGUCUCUGGUUGCCCCUCUUUUCACCUCAGCAUCCAGCACGGUCCUUCAUUCCUCCUGGCUCCAGUCGCCGUCUUCUUCUGCCUGCUGGCUGGCCUGCUCUUCAUCCUGGUUGGCCGCAGCGUUCAGCGGAUACAGCUGGAUAUAAGGGAGAAAAUUCACGAGCUUCCAGCGUCUGAUGUGUGAUUCCAGCUUAAAUAUAAGAAGCCAGUUUACUCAAGUUGUUUUUGUGUUGAAAACUGUGAUCGUAUUCCAGGCAUAGGAGACAAUAAAAUACAACUGUUUUUUAUUAUGAGUCUGUACACAGAGUAGAAACUAUCCUGAGAGCUAACUGUAGCAGCAGCCUGUCUGUCAUCAUCUAAAAUGGAUAGAAUGACAGAAUAUUUGUACAACAUUCAUUUUCAUUUAGGUUUUCUUGGUCAAAGAGAAAAUCUGCGGAUGUUAUUACAACAUAGGAUAUGGAAAGCAGUGGCACUCGAACGUAGUCUCAAAUACAUGGCAUUCCUGGAAUUUAGGCCUGUGUUGUGUUAUAUUUUUCAGCAUUUGUAGGUCCUUCCACCCUGACUUUACAUUGACUUUACAUCUAGCACUGUGGUCAGCUUUCUUCAUGAAAUAAAAGCGUGCUUUGGACUGUU